UAAUUUGGGGUCCGCUUACAACUCUGGAGAAGAAGAGAAGUUGUGAGAAAAGUGGGGAAAUUCGGUGGAGGAAGUGAUAAUCAUCUUCUUAGCAUAUCACUUGUGAAUAGAUAGAUGGGUGACAAUAGUGCAGACGACAUUCAAAACCUCCUUCUCCGUCACCAUGAAUUUGAAACCCAAAGAGUAAUUCAAGAUCAAAGAGAGGCAGGUGAAGCUUUAGAAGCUCACAAAGAUGUUCUUACGGAACGAUGUGAUCCCACUGCUUUAAAGGAGCAUCUUCUGAAGAUGACCGCCCAACAUCGCGCCCAAAUGGCAUCAAAGCAUCCCAAACCUGCUGUUUCUGUUGCUCAACAAGCUCAUGUAGAAAUUGGUAAUGGUUAUGGUGUACCGGGUGGAGGUGCAUAUUAUGCUUCUUUGAGGCCCGAGCUUGACAGAGACUCGGAAAAGAAGAGGGAAUUACCGGACUACCUUAAGCAGAAGUUGAAAGCAAGGGGUAUUCUAAAUGCUGACAUUGGAAAAAGCUGUCCGUUGAAAGAUCAAAAUAAGCUGGAGACUAGUACAACAGAACCUGUUGAACCUGGAAAAUUACCUUCUGGAUGGGUGGAAGCAAAAGAUCCCUCCUCUGGUACGUUAUACUAUUACAAUGAAUGCAAUGGAAAGAGUCAGUGGGAAAGGCCUGUUGAAACAACUUCUAGUUAUGCUCUAUCAUCUCAACCUAUUUUUGACGACUGGGUGCAAUCUGUUGAUGAAACUUCUGGCCAAAAAUAUUACUAUAAUAUGAAGACCCAUGUAUCACAAUGGGAGCGUCCUGAUUCAACUCAUAUUGUUGCCACACAACAACAUUCUAACAACACGGAUUCCAUAAAUCAUCAUACUUGGGUUGGUCAGUCGUUUGAGCCAAAUAAAUGCGUUGGAUGUGGUGGAUGGGGAGUUGGCCUUGUGCAGGCAUGGGGUUACUGCAAUCAUUGCACCAGAGUUCUCAAUCUUCCACAGCAUCGCAGCUUAGCAUGUAGUCUGAAUAACCAGAAGCAAGCCAGCAAUUGCGGAAACAUCGAAGUUGGUAUUGAUAGAAAGGCUUCACAGCAGAGGUCCAAUUGGAAACCUCCUAUGGGCAAGGGAAACAUAAAAGAUAGUAGAAAACGUGCCCACACCGAAGAUGAUGAGUUGGAUCCCAUGGACCCAAGUUCUUAUUCGGAUGCUCCCCGUGGUGGCUGGAUUGUUGGCCUGAAAGGAGUACAGCCAAGAGCAGCUGAUACCACUGCUACGGGCCCUUUAUUUCAGCAGCGGCCAUACCCAUCACCUGGAGCUGUCUUGCGAAAGAAUGCUGAAAUUGCUUCACAAACUAAGAAAUGUAGUUCUCACUAUGCGCCCAUCUCGAAGAAAGGGGAUGGGAGCGAUGGACUGGGUGAUGCUGACUGAAGGUCUGAUGCGAAUGUACUGGAUUAAGGAAAAUCAGUAAUGUCUUAGCACUAUUGUAUCUGUAAAGGGGACUGUUGGCUCACAGUUUUGAUAGUCUAGCUUAAGUCGGAUCUGGAAUACGCUUCCUGGCUUUGCAAUAGCUCAUUCUGAUUUUGUGACAAAACGAAACAACUUUGCUGAUGUUGUCUAUUUCAGUAGUACUAUGGUGUUUGCGUUUUAGGCAA